GGAGACAGCUGGGCCGGGCCGGGCCUGCAGCCAAUGUGCUGGGGGGGGCGGGGGCGUCUCCGACGUCAGGGCCGGGCUCGGCCGAGCCGGGCCGCUGGGGCGAGGAUGCUGCACUGGGGACCGGCGGCCGCGCUCUCCGCCUCGGGCUGCAGCGAUCGCGGGAGGUUUUAGCCCUUCGCCUGUGCCCGCGGCCGGCCCUUCCGCCCCAGCUCCCUCCAGAGCUGCUCAACCCUUCCGCCGCCUUUCCCCCCACCUGCCUCCGGGGGGCAGCCCGCGGAGCCGUUCUGCUGGGGGGGAGCGGAGGGUCCUUUGCGCCCUUCCCCGCCGCCUCCAUCCCUCUCUUCCUGCCUCCUUUGUGUUUGUUCCUCCCCAAGCCCCCGCCGCCCGCCUUGCACCCCCCCUUCCUUCCCGUGGGGGCUGGGGGCGAGAGGGAAGCGGUGGGGGGGGCUCGUAUCACCCCCCUGAGCCCGGCUGCUCGAGCUGCCCUCCUUUGUCAAUUGCAUUUGGAGGCUCCUCUCCCCCCGUGCACCCCCCCUGAGUCCCCCAUCCGUGCACCCCUAUUCCCCCCUCCUGAGCCCCCUCUGCCCCCCUGCUGAACCCCCCUCUGCCCCCCACCCCGUGCACCCCCCUCUGCCCCCACCCCGUGCACCCCUCUGUCCCUACCCCAGUGCACCCCCUUGCCCCCCAUCCCGUGCAUCCCUCCUCCCCCUCCCUUCUCUACUCCCCCCCCCGCGCCUGUGCAUCCUCCCUCUUCCUCCUCCUCCUCCUGGCGAGGCGGCCGGAUCCCGAGCAGGGGGUGGGAGAUUCGCCCUGAGGAUGAAGAUGAUGGCAGGCGGCUCCGUGCACCAGAACGGCAUCUUCUCUGCGUCCCACCCGCAGCCCCAGCAGCCGCCGCCCCCCCACAUGGAAUCGGACCCCCCCGACUCCAGGAAGAGGCCCCUGGAGACCCCCACCGAGGCCAUCAGCACCAAGCGCAGCAACACAGGAGAAGAGGGCGAAUAUUUCCUCAAGGUCCUGAUCCCCAGCUAUGCGGCCGGCUCCAUCAUCGGGAAAGGGGGACAGACCAUUGUCCAGCUGCAGAAAGAGACGGGCGCCACCAUCAAGCUCUCCAAGUCUAAGGACUUCUAUCCAGGCACCACAGAGCGGGUGUGCCUUGUGCAGGGCACAGCCGAGGCCCUCAACGCCGUCCACAACUUCAUCGCCGAGAAGGUGCGCGAGAUCCCCCAGUCCGUGGUGAAGCCGGAGUCUGUCAACAUCCUGCAGCCACAGACCACCAUGAACCCAGACCGCGCCAAGCAGGCCAAGCUGAUCGUCCCCAACAGCACGGCUGGGCUGAUCAUCGGCAAAGGAGGUGCCACGGUGAAGGCCAUCAUGGAGCAGUCGGGGGCCUGGGUUCAGCUGAGCCAGAAGCCAGAGGGCAUCAACCUGCAGGAGCGGGUGGUGACAAUCAGCGGGGAGCCCGAACAGAUCCGCAAGGCGGUGGACAUCAUUGUGCAGAAAAUCCAGGAGGACCCGCAGAGCAGCAGCUGCCUCAACAUCAGCUACGCCAACAUCACCGGCCCCGUGGCCAACUCCAACCCCACCGGCUCGCCCUACGCCAACUCCACGGACGUGCUGCCAGCUGCCGCCGCCGCCGCCACCGCCUCGGGCCUGCUGGGACACACCAGCCUGGCCAGCGUCGGGGCCUUCCCAGCGGCCCUGCCGGGCUUCUCUGGCAGUGACCUGCUGGCCAUCAGCACGGCCCUCAACACCUUGGCCAGUUACGGAUACAACACCAACUCCCUGGGGCUGGGGCUCAAUUCUGCCGCCGCCUCUGGCGUGCUGGCCGCCGUGGCGGCUGGUGCCAAUCCUGCCGCGGCUGCUGCCGCCAACCUCCUGGCCUCCUACGCCAGCGAUGCCUCCGCCAGCACCAGCACGCCGGCUGGUGCUGUGGGGGCCUUCACCCUGGGCUCCCUGGCGGCCGCCACCGGGGCGGCCAACGGCUACCUGGGCACGGCUUCGCCGCUGGUGGCCAGCUCCUUCCUGGCCACGGAGAAGCUGGUGGAAAGUGCCAAGGAUAUGGUGGAGAUCGCGGUGCCAGAGAAUCUGGUGGGGGCCAUCUUGGGCAAAGGGGGCAAGACGCUGGUGGAGUAUCAGGAGCUGACGGGCGCCCGGAUCCAGAUCUCCAAAAAGGGAGAGUUUAUCCCGGGCACCAGGAACCGUAAAGUCACCAUCACCGGCACGCCGGCAGCCACGCAGGCUGCCCAGUACCUCAUCAGCCAGCGAGUGACGUACGAGCAGGGGGUGCGAGCCACCAACCCGCAGAAAGUAGGGUAGGGCCGGAGGGAGCCACGAAAGGGAGAAAUCCAUUUUAAAUGUCAAACCAACCAACCAACAGGCCCCCCCUCCCCCUCUGCCCAUCCCCCGCACGCCCCCAGACAUGCAUCCCCUCCAAUAGGGAGGGGUCCCCCCCAUCUAAUGACCAGCUCCGAUCCAGACGCGAUCUCCGGAUCGGCCCGCGGACCUUGCCGUGCGUUCUGUCUGAUAUGUAUAUAUUGCACUUCUUUUUUUUUUAAUAGAAAAAGAAAAUGGGUCAAAUUUUCUCUUUAUUUCCUUUCUUUACAAAUUUUCUUUCUGCCCCCCCCUUGCCCCCCCAGCCAGACCCCCCACCCCCUGCUCUCUCUAUUAAGGGAGCAGAUCGCACUUUGGGGAGUGGAUCCCUUUAAGACUGGGGGGAAUUGGAUUUUGAUCCAUAAUUGGGGGAGGGGUGAUUGGAGCCGAUCUGGACCCAUGUUGAGAUGAGGGGGGGUGGGGAACGGGGUCUUGGCAUGAGCCACAGCUGCCGUAAAUCUCCCACAUACCCCCUCUGUUAGCUGGGUCUUAUUGAACUUAAGCUGCAACGCGGCGUUUCACUGAGGCGUUUUAUUUUCUGCAUGUAGAUAGUCAAAUUGUGUUGAACUCGGGGAGGGAGGUGGGGGGUUAAGUUAGGACUGGGGGUGGUUUUUGUGGGUUGGGGGGGUAGUUAUUCAUAUCUUCAGCAAAAGUGGGGGGACGCACUCCCCCUCUUCCUCCAGAAAGAAAGCAACAUAUCUCUAGGGCGUAACUGGAAAGGUGGCUGCGCUGUCCCCGUGCGGAGUGGGGUGGGAGUCUGUCCAUGGAGUAGCCACAGGGCUGGGUUUUGUCGUCUCGCUCGGCAGUGUCUGCCAGACCGGGUGAUUGGAGGGUGGGGAGAUAAGGAGCAGAACAUGAAGCUGUGACAAGAAGCAUGGUGGUAUGUGAUGUAUUGUGGCGUAGGGGGCUACUUCCUGUGAUGCCAUAGGCUACUUCUUGUGACAUCACAAGUGUCUACCAGUGAUGUGGUAUGCUACUUCUUGUGGUGUAGGAGGCUAUUUCCUGUGAUGUGAUAGGCUAUUUCUUGUGACAUCACCAGUGAUGUAGUAUGUUACUUCCUGUGAUGUACGAGGCUACUUGCUGUGGUAUAAACACCUGCCUGGGACACGUCAGGCUGCUUCCUGUGAUGUCAUAGCCUGCUUCCUGUGACAGACAGGGCCAAACCGUCCGGGUGUGGUUUUAUUUUCCUUCUGAGGUGUUCUGUAAAUGCUGGUGUCACAUCCAUCUAGGGAGGAAUCUCUCCCCACACAACCCCCAGGAACGCGAGCGGCCGAGCCCAUCCCGCUGGAGCAGCGACAGGACAGGGAACCCAGGCAUUACCGCCGCUCGCACAGGCCCCGGGCAGCUGGCACGGCCAGGAAAGUGAAGCACUAGGCAGCUGCCUCCCCGCAGCUACCACUCAGUAUUAAAGCCCGGCUGGGGCGAUGGCUAUUUUCUCAGCACCGGGGGCGGAUAUUGGCAUCUUCACCAUGGACCUCAUGACUGCCCCCCACCAUUGCUCUAGGGAAGGAACAUUUCUCCUCUUCCUCUUCCUUAGAACCCCUGCCCUCUCCCCCCCUGCCUCCCCCAGGAUCUCCUUGAUGCCUCAAGCAGUAUUAUCACCUAGAGCCAGCCAAGGGCUCCUCCUGCUGGCAGCGCAGCCUGUGGGCAGUGUGGAAAGGACCUUGCUUCACAUAUCAGUGACUCAGAGCAGUCCGUGAGAGCCAGAUGCCCAGUAGCCCUGGGCUAGUGCCAGGGUCAGGCCCAGAAGCCCCUGGGCUAGUGCCAGAGUAUCCAGUAGCCAUUCUGUGAUCAAAUCAGUGGGGCCAUUCUCUGCACCGUGUUUACAGCUGACCCUUUUUUAAUACACCGCUUUUGCCAGGGCCCUCCAGGGCUUCUGGAAACAGGGAUGUUUUCCUUUUGACCGCUCCCACCCCUGUCUGUACUGGCUUGUUGUCGUAGGGUGGCUUGGGGGUGCUCCGCUGCAGGCUGGCUUGUUAUUGUAGGAUCCUUCUGAAGCUUUUGGCUGAACAGGCUGGUUUGUUAGUUGUAAUGUUGCUCCUGUGUGUCAGGCUUCUUACAUUGUUGUGUUAUUGUAGGGUUGCUCAUGAGCCCUGGGUUGUAUACACUGGCUUGUUAUAGUAGGGUCAUUCAGGAGCCCUGGGUUAUAUACACCAGGUUAUUAUUGUAGGGUUGCUCAGAAGCCCUGGGUUAUAUACACUGGCUUGUUAUUAUAGGGUUACUCAGGAGCCCUGGGUUAUAUACAUUGGUUUGUUAUUGUAGGGUUGCUCAGAAGCCAUGGGCUGUAUACACUGGCUUGUUAUUGUAGGAUUGCUCAGAAGCCCUGGGUUGCAUACACUGGCUUGUUAUUGUAGGGUUGCUCAGAAGCUCUGGGCUGAAAAUGCUGGUUUGUUUCCGGAGGGUUGUUUGUGAGCCCGGGGCAGAUUUGGUAUUGGGGCGGGGGUUACUCAUGAGCACUGGAAGAGGCAGGAAUGAAAUAAGCAUAUUACCAGUGGCAGGUGGGGAUGGUGAGCGGCUCUGCACCAGUGCUGUGCUCGGAGAGACCCCCUCAGAGCCGGGACCCUGUGCCCGGGGGGACGGGCCAUCCACUUAAGUGCUUCAUAGGUCCAAAUGCAGUCACAGCCCCUAGAAAACCCCUUCCCCCGUCUGACCCCCACAGGAACCCCAUUGCCCCCCCGCCCUAGGGAUCCCCUCCCCAUCUGACCCCGUAUCCCACCUCAACCCCAGUUAGCAUCAGCACUUAUCCCAUUAUCCUCCCCACCUGACACUGGCACUUACCCCCUAACGCCCCCACCCAGGAGCCCAAAGGAGCCCCCUCUCCAUGUGACACCGGCCGUUCACCCCCAACCCCAGUGGCGAGCUGUGGAUUUGUGCAAUAUUUUACCCUGAGAAGGAAAAUCUCUUCCUGACCCCCAGCUGGCCUUCAGUCCUGGCACAGGCAGGUUUGCUUUGCAUGGCACUUGUCAGGCUCCAGAGCUCACCUUAGGGCAGCCGUGUCCACGUUGCUCCAGCAGGUAGACAGUCGGACAGGAAUUGGGGACAGACUCAGGGGAAGGGGCUAGCGGUGGGUUUGGGAUUUGGGGGGCGGAGGGGCCCCUCCAUGUUAGCUAGCAGAGAUCAAUCAUUUUCCAUUCGUUAGCCGAGGGCUGAGGGAGGGGGGUUUGUAACCUUUUGAACUAGGGAACAAAACAAAUGUGAAAAUAUUUACUACUAAAAAGGAAGCAAUAUUUAAGUAGCAUCUUGCACUGAAUCUCGGAGGUGAGAUGAGAGGCAGAGAGGCAGGGCCGGGAGACUCGGCCCUUUUACAUGGGUCGGGCCAGAUCCUGUGCUGGAGUAAAUAGGCCUUGCUCCGCCCAUGUUGGGAGCUCCGCCCAUUCCUGCCAGCUGUGGGAGCGGCCCGACUGGUUCUGGGAUUUUUUGUGUCGAACAAAACGUGCUGCUGUAGCCUAUGGUAGGGGUGUUGCAUAUCAAACUUUGCAAAGGGAGGCGGGAGGAGGGGUAGGGAGGUGUUUUUUGUGCCAAAAUAUUUGUCUGUCUUUUUCGAUACAUGCCUGCAUAGAGGGUGUGACCCGACGUGCAUGGGGCAGCCCUAUGUGACCCGGCAUGCCUGGGGUAGCCCUCACUGGAAAUGCCAAGGUCAGGGCAGGCUGCAAAAGGGCCCACCAGGUCACAGAGGGAUUACCUGAUUUAACCCCAAAACUACUCCGAUGGCCCAAGGCUAUGCUGGAAAACCUACCCCAUUGCUAGGUAAUACGGGGGUGUGUUUAAUAUGGCAUCCUCAUUAAAAAUACUACAGCCAUAUCCGAAAACACCACAGUAACACCAUCAUAGUAACGCUAUGAUAACCUGAAAUGUUUUCAUAAAGAUACCUGAUUAAAAGUACUUUAGCAAUAUCCUAAAACACUACAGUGACACCCCAAAGUACUUGAGUAUGAUAAGUCAGGGUAUGUUUUCAUAAAUAUACCCUUUUAAAAGUACCACAGCCAUAUCCUAUAAUACUACAACACCCCAAAAUACUUCAGUAACACUAGGAUAACCUGGAGUGUUUUCCUACAGGCACCUGUGCAAAAAUACUACAGUAUUGGCUAAAAUACUUCAGUAGCAUUAACCUGAGCUGUCGAGCUUUCAGUUGCUGUUGUAGCAGGAUAUAAGGAUACACUUGUAAAGUGAAAUGUUCCAGCAUUCUUCAAUAUUAUCCCAAAUACUGUAAUAAAUAGAAUCAGUCACAGUUGGUUAGAACCAAAAAUGGGAGUUAUUUUUAAGUCCUUAACACAAAACCAUUUUGGUUUUCUUGACAUGUCUAAUUUUGGGGGGAAUUUUUCUAAAGUUACUUUUCACAAACUCUCCCCCCCGCCCUCAUUUUGGCUUGCCAUGUUUUCAUCCAGCCACUUUGGAUGACUGGCUUCCUUGCAAGAUGGAAUAUAUUAGGCAGCAUCAAAAAUGUAUUUUUCCUGAAAUUGCCCAUUUUUAAAAAAAUACCAAAAAUUUGAUGGUGUAUGAGGGUAGCAUCUGGGAGUCUCAGUCAUGGACCAGAUCGGCCUCAUGCCAGGUGCUGUCCAGACACAGAACAGAAAGAUGGUGGCUGCUGCUAUUAAAAAAACUACCCAGGCAAUUAGCAAAAUGAAAAAUCUGUCCGUUUCCAAAUAUGAUGGGACAAAAAUACUUUCCAAAUCCCAGUGAAAUUUACAUGACAUUUUUCCCCCCACUGUCAGAGCUAACCCGAUACUGAGAUGUAGCAUUUGGGGCUAACACUUUACAGUGCCGUGGUGUUUUGGAUGAUCCUUGCAGAAUGCUAGGAUACCUGAAUCAAAAAUACUCUAGCAUCCUCGCCCCAAAUACUGCAGCAAUGUGACUAUGAAGGGGCAUCAUAUUCAGACUAUUACUCUACGAUGCUGGAGUAUUUUGGAUCCUUCCUGUAGAGUGCUAGGAGGCGCUUCUAACAAUACUAUAGCAUUGUUCAUUAACCCAGCAAAAUGCUGCAGGAACAUUACUAUGAAUUGUAGCAUGUUAGGACUAGUACCUUACAGUGCUGUAGUGUCUGGGAUCAUCAACAGAUUGCUGUAAGUCUACUGUUAUACCCCAUUAUCCCCCCGAAUACGGUCAUAACCCCACUGCACUAGGUAGCUUUUGGGGGCUAUUAAUCAAUGAUACUGCUGUACUUUGGGAUCAUUCCUGUAGAAUGUUGUAAGAUACCCUUAUAAAAGAUUCCAAAUGUAAAUCAUUACUACAGCACUCAUCAGUAAGAUCUCAAAGUGCUGUAGUAACAUUGUUUCAAGGUGCAGCAUUUGGCAGGGUUGUUACUCAAAUACUGGAGUGUUUGUGGCUCAUCAGUAAAGGCAGUGUGGACGACUGGGUAGAGAAUUGGAGUAGAUAUGGGUUUUGUUCCCAGCUCGGCCUGCUGGGGGACAAUGGGCCUCCCAGCUCCUUGCCUCAGUUUCCCCAUUUGUAUAAUGGGAAUAAAGGUAGUGACCUCUUCUGCAAAGCACUUUGAGCUCUACAGAAGAAAUGGGCUGUACAAAAACUAGGUGGUAUUAUUGCUCAAAGCAAACCCUUAGAAAAUACUAGUGUUCACUAGGACUGCCACAAAAUACUGCAGCAAUGUGUAGCAUCUUGGGGUUAAUAUGGAGUAUUCCAGGCUAGUACUGAGGGGAUCUGUUCCCUAUGCGGCAUCUAUCUGAAAAAGACUUGACCAAACUUUUUUUGAAGUGCCAAACUUUUUAUUUAUAGAGAACAUGCAGCUAUUAAAAAGAGGGUGGGGGGAGGGGGAAUGAAGUUUUUAGAUGUUCUACAAGAUUUAAAAAAAAAUUAAAAAAGGGAAAAAAAUAAAAUAGAAAAAGAGACAUAAACAAUAGAUCAUGUUAGCGGAUCUGAACCCUGGGUCCUUUCUUAGUGGCUUUUAAAGAAAAUUUAAUAAAAUAAUAAAAAAAUAGCAUAAUAAACUAAAAGAGAGAGUCCUUGGGCCAGGUUUUCCAAGGGAUUUAGGCACCCAUCUGCAUAUGUUGGUGCCUAAAUCCCUUGGGCAACCUGGGCCCAGGUCUCUGGGCUAUAGCCUCAGCGACUAGGAAGUGAGACAUCUCCAUUGAUAACGGUUUGCUGGCCCUGUUGUGUCCCGCCUCCCGGGGGUGCCACUACAGUGUCCUGUAUCCCCCCUGCUCUGCUGCUGCCUUGUGGCACAGGGGGUGGGGUCCGGGGCUGCAUUCUGCAGGCUGCACCUUCACCCUGGGUGUUGAGCUGCCGGAGGGGAGUCGGGGCCACUCUUAGCUCGUUCUCUGCCAGCGGGUGGCUCAUUGGCACGGGGACUGGAGGAGGGAGGCAGAGGCUGUAAUUUAUGGGUCAGGAGAUGAGCCAGGGCCCUUGGAAAUCAACCUGUGGCUGCUGCCAGUGCUGGGUGGGGGCUGCUUGGACGCAGGAGAGCUGGCCUGCCUGUCACGCAUUGGGCGCUCACCCAGCCCGCUGGCCCCUCUAGUCAUGAUGUGAGCCCCUGGCAGCCCCUGUAGUUUAGGCUUUGUCUAGUCUUGAUGCCUCCGCAUGCAUCAAAGCCAGGGCUGUGGGGGUCCCAAUUCCCCAUUGGCAUGUGGGGGGCUUGGAGAGGCUUUGGGAAGAUCAGUCCCCUGCUCAACUGGUGCAGAAGCCACCUCUUCUUCCCCAGGUCCCUCCCAAGCCGGACGCUGCCAGUGGAGUGCCAGCCAGGGACUGGGGCUGGGCCCGGCCUGGAUGUGGGUCCCCUCUCCCUUUUCCCACCCUUCCCCCCAUCUAAAUAGCAGCGGUUCUUGAAUGUGAUGGCUCCCUCCUGGACCCGCUUUGCCCCCACCCCAUUCUGGCUCCGGGAGCCUUCACAGUGCCAAAUGGAAGUUGUCUUUCCUCUUCCCCAUCCCGCUCGGAAGGGCAGCAGCGGUGGAGGCAGAGCCAGGCUGUCCCCGCUCUCCCUGGCCUCCACCCUCAGCGGAGCAUGAGGGGCGCUCUCAGAGCAGGAGGGUGAAUCUGAUUUGCUGAGCCCUGGCACCCUCCCCUCCCUACCCCUCUUGUAUUUAAAGGCAAUAAAGUCUGAGACUCAAACAGGAGGGGUGGGAGUUGGGGAAGGAGCUGGUGGGAUUUGCUCUGAGCAUGAUUCAGGUCCCCCUGUGCUGAGUGUGAACUCUUUAGGACACGGCAUCUCUCUGGGAGUGUACCAUACGCCCCGGGGGACAGGAUCUCAGCUAGGAGGGGAGGGACAGACACCCCUGUCUUGUUUCCAUUUGCUCACCAGUACCUGUUCCCUCGCAUUUACCAUGUCACUGUUUGAUCUCCCAGAACGUGAUAUUGACUAGAGCAGAAGGAGGCACCAACACCUCUGUCCCCGACCCCUGUGUUUGUCUCUCGUGCCUCCUUUCUCCAGUGCCAAGCAGCUCCCGAUCAUCCUAACUCCCUUUUAAUUUCUGUCCGGACAUCCAUUCGGAGCACCCCUCCAUACACAUCGAUGAGUUCAGACACACUCGCAACACACAAAUCUCUAUAAAUAUAUAUAGGCCAACUAUAUAUAUCUAUAUAUCAAAAAGCUAAUCAGCGAGGGACUAAAGACACAGUAGCCGGCUACCUCGGGACUGCUUUUCUAAAUCCACACUCAUCUUCUCUGCAUCGAGAACAUUUCUAAGCUGGUUGCUUUUCAGAGACAACCUGUCACCAAACUCUGCCUCAUCUGAACGGGAUUCAUCUCGAAUUUUUGUCGCUGCUGCGGAGAGCCAUCCUGUUUCCAACCACCGUCUCCUGAACUUCUGACCUCCACCCCACCCUCAUCUUGAACUUUUUAACGCCCCACUCCUCCCCACCCCCCUUUUCUGUGUCCAUCAAAUCUGUUUUCUGGACUUCCCCCCCCCACAUCUUCCAUGUUAAAAAGACCAACAAAGCAAUUCUAUAUCUGAUAAUUCUCUUUCUAGAGCUAUCGAUAUAGAAAGGAAGUGAAGCAAAGACUGUUGAAUGGCCGCACAUCGGCUAUUAACCUGGACGAUCAGAGAUCAUCUCAUUUUUCCCAGGGAUGAGGGGUGAGGAAUGUUUUUUUUUUCCCCCUUCCCGUUAAUCUCAUUGCUUCAUUGUAAAUACUCAGUUUUGUUCAAUUGUCAGAGGGGGAAACAUUUUGUGUUUGACGUCCAAGAGGAGCUGGUGCAUAAACAGGUUUGUGCUUGGACAGCGAGUGUAGGGCGAAGCUGUCUCUGAGACAGAGGCCCCCGAGGGACAGGAAGCUUGGCCUGUGACCCUGAGCGUCAGCCCCACAGCCAUUCCUGCCAUCAAGCCGUUGCAAAUGGACCGACGCCUAUUUACACUGGCGGCCCUGAGCUCAUCUAGGAGGUCUCCCUGAACAGAUGACAUUCCUUGGCUCCCUUGCGCAUCAAUGAGCCAGCUUCUCAGCUGGGGUAAAUCCACUGGUUCUGCUGAUGCCCAGGUGGCUGUGCUGACAGGCCCCAGCUGAGGCUGAUGCAUUCAUUCUGGGGAAGGCCGGGGGCCCAAGCAGAAUAGCUGCUUUCGUUUCUUCUCAAGGGGACGGGGAAGCGAGGUGAGGCAGGGACAGCAAAACUGGGCAGGCCUUGCUGACGCAUUUCCUGCACUGAAAGUGGGUGGUUUGAGUGGUUUGAGUAGGGGGGAGGGGGCUGGGAGUCAGGACUUCUGGGUUCUGUUCCCAGCUCCGGGAGUUAGGAUAGUCUAGGUGCUAGGAGAGUGGGUACAGGAAGCCAGGUGUCCGGGGAUCUGCUUCCUCUAAGAGGGCAGCGGGAUUUUUAAUGGCUAGAACAGGGGGAAGCAGAGAGGAUUUGGCGACUGGGUCACCACCCCAAUAGCCAUUGCAGUGCCCAUAAGCCAAACAACGGCCAGAUCUAGAUGCUUAAGUCAAAGUCAAACGCAAGUUAUUUGGCUCCAUAAUGGGGUGAAAGUGAAGGGCCUGAGAUCUAGGGAUCUCUUCUGGCCUUCAACUCCCUGCAUUUUUCUUGGACAGCAAAGCCCGUCCUGAGGAGACAACUGAUUGCUUCCCCAGCCCCCCAGCAGAAGAAUUCUGGAACUCUCCAAGCCCAGCUCAUUUUAUGCAACAGCCUCUGGUCAUUUUCUCUCCCUCUCCAUUGACUCUCUCUUUAACAACCUAUUUAUUUGAAUCAUUUUUUAUUAUUUUUUUUCUGGGCGUGGGUGGGGGGCGGGGUGGGGGUGAUCUGUUAAAGGGAAGGGUCGAGACUACGUGUCAUUGUUUUAAAGAGCCAAGACCUCCAUUACCAUGGCUAAGUAGUGAAAUCUGAGUGUUCCGGUAGGUUUGUGUGUGUAAAGUUGUGUAUUAACUUGUGCUUAGUGGAGUCAGCAUUUUUAGUGCUUAAUACUAUUAACUCAUUUCUGUCAUGAUAAAUGUUCAUUCAUGGCAUCACUUCCGUCUUCUGUUGUCGUUUUUUCUUUGCAUUUCACAACACUUUUAACC